GACGUUUCGCCGCGUACGCGUAGUAAGAAAUGGCCGAACACAGGAUCAUCUCCGAUGGCUUUCAGGCCACCUCCUGUUGAUUUUUGGCCAUUUCCAUGGAAGUAAGAUAAACCCUGUGUAUGUGCCCCAAUAACAUUCGAAAGUUAUUUUUUUAAUUCUUCGUAUUUAAACGAGUGGCCAAUAAAGAGUUUCAAAUGUGUACGUCGUCAGGGCCCAGCGAGGACUCAUAGCGAGGGGGAGGGGGGGGGGGGCGCGGUUUGUUGUGGUGGGCGGCAAUCGUUAUGUAACUUCGUCCCGUUAGCUUCGUCCCUAGUAGCAUCGUCACCCGAAAGCACGCUCUUGCUCUCUCCUCUCCGGACCUUCUCCGCUUCAAAGCCAGCCAGCCAGCCAGCCAGCCAGCAGAAUGUCGCAGUCCAGCCUUUCCGCCGUGGACGCCGCCACCACCGGCGCCUUGCUGCUCGGCGACAAUCUCAACUUUUGGGCCGGGGAGCGGCAGGCGCCCCGGCCGGGAGCCGCCGACGCCGAACCCGUCUACGAGCCCGCCACAGGGCGCGUGCUGUGUCAACUCACCCCCUGCGGGCCGGACGAGGUCAACGCGGCCGUGGAGAGCGCCGGCGCCGCCUACCUCCGAUGGAGCAAGAUGGCGGGCAUGGAGCGCUCGCGCUUCAUGUUGGAGGCCGCUCGCAUCAUCAGGGAGCGUCGGGAGAAGAUCGCCAAGCUGGAGGUGAUCAACAACGGCAAGUCCAUCACCGAAGCGCUGACGGACGUGGACGUGGCCUGGCAGUGCAUGGAGUACUACGCCGGAUUGGCCGCGACCAUGGCAGGUCAACACAUUCAGCUCCCCGGCGGCGCCUUCGCAUACACCCGGCGCGAGGCUCUGGGCGUCUGCGCGGGCAUCGGCGCUUGGAACUACCCCUUCCAGAUCGCCGUGGUCAAGUCGGCCCCGGCGCUGGCGUGCGGAAACUCCAUGGUGUUCAAGCCCUCCCCCAUGACGCCCGUCACUGCCGUGCUCCUGGCCGAGAUCUACCGGGAGGCCGGGAUGCCCCCGGGACUCUUUUGCGUGGUGCAAGGCGGCGCCGCGACCGGAACCUUACUGUGCCAGCACCCCCGUGUCGCGAAGGUGUCCUUCACGGGAAGCGUGCCCACCGGCAAGAAGGUGAUGGAGAUGUCCGCCCGCGGCGUCAAACCGGUCACGCUGGAGCUCGGCGGCAAGUCGCCGCUCAUCAUCUUUGGCGACUGCGAGCUGGACAACGCCGUCAAGGGAGCGCUCAUGGCCAACUUCCUCACGCAAGGACAGGUGUGCUGCAACGGGACCAGAGUAUUUGUGCAGAGGGACAUCGUCGGGCGAUUCCUGGAGAAAGUGGUCGCCAAGACUCGAGCCAUCGCAGUGGGGGACCCCCUGCUGGACGGCACCCGCAUGGGGGCGCUCAUCAGCAAGCCCCAGCUGGACAAGGUCCUGGCUUUCGUCCGGCAGGCCGAGGAACAGGGGGCCAAGGUGCUGUGCGGCGGACAACCUCUGGUGCCCUCUGACCCCAAACUCAAAGAAGGAUACUUCAUGUCGCCCUGCGUACUCGACGACUGCAGGGACGACAUGACGUGCGUGAAGGAGGAGAUUUUCGGGCCCGUCAUGUCGGUGCUGCCUUUUGACACCGAGGAGGAGGUUCUGCGCCGCGCUAACGACACCACUUUCGGACUGGCCUCCGGCGUCUUUACCAGAGACAUCUCGCGAGCCCACCGCGUGGCCGAGAAGCUGGAAGCGGGGACGUGCUAUAUUAACAACUACAAUAUUAGCCCCGUGGAGGUGCCCUUCGGGGGUUACAAGAUGUCGGGUUUCGGCCGCGAGAACGGUCAGGUGACCGUCGAGUACUACUCACAGCUCAAGACCGUUGUGGUGGAGAUGGGCGACGUGGACUGUCUUUUUUGAAUGGCAUUUUUUCAAUAAAACGCUCCAUAAAUCCUU